CGCGAGAGAGACAGAGAGCGAAAGAGGGAGAGAGAGCGAGAGAGGGAGAGCAGAGAGAGUGAUUGAAUGGGACAGAUUGGGAGGUGUGAGAACAAGCGAGUGAGUGAGGCAGAGAGAGAGAGAGAGAGAGAGAGAGAGAGAGAGAGAGAGAGAGAGAGAGAGAGAGAGAGAGAGAGAGGGACAGAGACAGAGAGGAACAGAGGACAACAACAUAGCAACAGUGGAGGGAGAGCAGACUUAGCAGCAUAGAAAAACACCAAUAAAAACACUAUUCAACGCUACACUGGAUUGGAUCCACACUGGACAACCUAUGUGUGUGUGUGUGUGUGUGUGUGUGUGUGUGUGUGUGUGUGUGUGUGUGUGUGUGUGUGUGUGUGUGUGUGUGUGUGUGUGUGUGAGUCAGCCUGGUUGUGACAUUGUGUGAGAGUGUCUGUGUGUGUGAAUGUGUGAGAAACAGAGAGCGGUUGUGUGUAUAAGAGACGUAAUCCGAAAGAACAUGCGUGUCAGAGACAACCUGUGACUGUGUGUGAGGAAGGGGUUUGUUGUUUGUGUGUUUGUGUGUGUGUGUGUUAUAGACUGUACCCGACUAAGAGUCGUACAAUGCAAUGCAGCAUUACUUCUGAAGAGAGGAGACACUGAAGAACGAACACUGCAGGGACACGCUGCUCGUGUCAGACACACCACUGUAGUGGACAGCGUCAGAGCCCACGGCUGGAGAGGACAGGACAGGACCUCUUGCCUGGAUAAUACCAUAGGGAUUGUACCAUUUUGGGAAGAUCACAGAGGCGGCAUAGACAAUACUAUAGAGGUAGAUUGUACCACUGGGACGACGGGGUGAUUGUGUGUUUUCAGGAUGAAUCUGGACCCUGUUCAGGUGAUGAAGGGGCAGUCUAACCCAAAGGACCCCACGGCUGCCCCUGUAACUGCCUCGUCAAAUGGAGAUGGCAAAGGAGCCUGGGAAGAGAAAGAGGAGUUUGACCAAGGCCACCUGGGUCUCACCACAAAACCCCUACUGGUGUCAUGUCAGAGAAGAGCCCGGAAGGUGGAGGGAGGCAUUUUCUUUCCCAAGCCUGAGAAUGCCGUGACCAUUGCGGUGUCGUCCCGGGUCCUGUUCCGUACUGAGACAGAGCAGAAGGUGUAUGAGCAGAAGGGGUAUCAGUCCAGCCUGGGUAGUCCAGCCUGGGUAUCAGGUGGAGCACUGGGAACCAGUCCAGCCUGGCCUGGGUAUCAGUCCAGCCUGGGUAUCAGUCCAGCCUGGGUAUCAGUCCAGCCUGGGUACCAGUCCAGCCUGGGCAGAACAGUCCAGCUGGAGCAGGAGCAUGGCCAGCCUGGGGAUCAGUCCAGCCUGGGUCCUCAUGUCCAGUCCUGGGACAUGGUCCAGCCCAGGCCACGUCUGCUCCUCCGUCAGGCGUUGGAGGCGGUGAAUGCCCGUCUGAGAGAACUGUACCCAGAGAGUGAAGAACUGUUUGACAUCGUCCUGGUAACCUAUAACCACGCCCAUGUAGGAGUCAGACUCAUCAAUACCAUCAACCAUCACAAUCUGUUCAUUGAGAGGUUCUGUAUGACGGGAGGCAGUUCACCUAUUGGCUACCUAAAGGCAUGGCAGACCAACCUGUACCUGUCAGCCGAUGCGGAGAAGGUCAGGGAGGCGCUGUCUGAAGGCAUUGCUGCGGCCACCAUGUUCAUGUCCAAUAAGCUGUCAGAGGUUUCGCAGACGCAGCUGAGAGUGGCCUUUGACGGGGACGCUGUCCUCUUCUCUGACGAAUCAGAACGCAUCUUCAAGGCCCAGGGCCUCGAUGGGUUCUUCCAGCACGAGAGAGACAACGAGGACAUUCUACUGGACCGUGGCCCUCUUAAGGACUUCCUAGCGUCCCUUGGUAAACUCCAGAAGAAGUUCUAUGCUAAAGGUCACCGUCUGGAUUGUCCCAUCCGUACCUACCUGGUCACGGCCCGCAGCGCAGCCAGCUCAGGGAUCCGUGCCCUGAAGACCUUGAGAGCCUGGGGCCUGGAGACGGACGAGGCUCUGUUCCUGGCCGGGGCUCCCAAGGGCCCGAUGCUGGAGAAGAUUAGGCCCCACAUCUACUUCGAUGACCAGAUGUUCCAUGUGGAAGGGGCGGCGGAGAUGGGCACGGUCGCGGCUCACGUACCCUACGGGAUCGCUCAGAAGCACCCACAUAAGAAGAGCCUGAACACAGGGAAGUAGAUAGCGGAAGGAGAGAAUACAAGAAAGAUUGAAGAAACUAAGAGGAGAGAGACCUGAGAUGAAAUACUUUUAGAGAGGGAGAUAUAGAGUCAUAUGGAACAUCUGAUCUUCCCCGGGUCAUUGUCACAAACAAGAAAGGGGUUAUUUUCAGUCAGUGAGCUUCGUAAAAACUAAGGUAGAUCAAUUAAAAAUGAAGACAAUGAAGAAAGUCUGUAAAGUUUUGGUAUUGAAAUACUCCUAAUAGACGAUAAUUUUAUUGUGUUGAUUACAGUAUGUGCUUUUCACCAGAUUUCAGACGUGUUUGUGUUGUACAUAAGUGGGGUUGUUUCACCUCCUCAACAUCCUGUGUGUGCAGCCGUUAUAAUCAUCCUUAGGAAUGUGUUAUCAUAAACACUUUGGUUGGCCACGGGAGAGUUCUACAUACCUGAUAUAGAACCAGAGGAGAGUUACAUACCUGAUAUAGAACCAGAGGAGAGUUACAUACCUGAUAUAGAACCAGAGGAGAGCUACAUACCUGAUAUAGAACCAGAGGAGAGUUCUACAUACCUGAUAUAGAACCAGAGGAGAGUUACAUACCUGAUAUAGAACCAGAGGAGAGUUACAUACCUGAUAUAGAACCAGAGGAGAGCUACAUACCUGAUAUAGAACCAGAGGAGAGUUACAUACCUGAUAUAGAACCAGAGGAGAGUUACAUACCUGAUAUAGAACCAGAGGAGAGCUACAUACCUGAUAUAGAACCAGAGGAGAGUUACAUACCUGAUAUAGAACCAGAGGAGAGUUACAUACCUGAUAUAGAACCAGAGGAGAGUUACAUACCUGAUAUAGAACCAGAGGAGAGUUCUACAUACCUGAUAUAGAACCAGAGGAGAGUUACAUACCUGAUAUAGAACCAGAGGAGAGUUCUACAUACCUGAUAUAGAACCAGAGGAGAGUUCUACAUACCUGAUAUAGAACCAGAGGAGAGUUACAUACCUGAUAUAGAACCAGAGGAGAGUUACAUACCUGAUAUAGAACCAGAGGAGAGCUA